CUGUUGCGAGUUUAUGCGACGUUGAUCCUCUUCCCGGCAAGACUCGAAAGAUGUCGCUGCUUCGAAAACCGAUUACAGCUUCCGUGAAAGAAACGUGCCCUGCCAGUACUUCUAGCUUUCCCGCGACUGCUGCUGCUACAAGUGCUGCUGCUUCAUCCGGAGGUGACGGUGACGAGUCGGACGACGAUCAAGAAUUGCUGGCAAUUGCGAAUCCAGUGGAGGAUUUCCGAACGCGUGCCCUGCGCCGCUUCGCCGCCGAGAACGGCGUCCCUUUGCCGGCUGCAGCAGCGGCGGCGCCAGUCCCUGCUUCUGCUGCUGCUGCGGGCCAGCAGCGAUCAUCUGGCAGCCUCGCAAACGACCAGCACUUGCAGAAGCUGUUGGAGAACUACUCGUGCUCCAUUUGCAUUUGCCCGCUCCAUGACCCAGUGACGUCCACGUCUUGCAUGCACUCGUUUUGCGGCGCCUGUUUGUCCCGCUGGGUCUUUGCCGAGGGAUCCACGACCAUCAACAGGCCGUGUCCCCAGUGUCGCGUCCCCAUGGACGUCGUCAUGCGGAAUCCCAUGAUCAAGACGACGCUGGAGGAUCUGUUCAACAUGAUGCCGGACUGGCGGCGACCGGCGGCGGAGGUGGCGGAAUUUGAUCGCGAGAAUCUGUUUCAGCCGCCGGCGCAGAGCUUCAAGCUGUCUGACAUGCGGCGGUUGGCACGAGGCGGCGGCGGCGGCGGCGGAUUUUUUUCAAAACCAGGACAAAAGGGCUUUUUGUUG